UUAAGCCAAGACGUGAAUUUUAUGAUUUUUUUUCUACCUGUAGUUUAAAAACAAAACGCAUGAAUGAAUAAACGAAUGAUAAGUUAACACAAACAGGAAAAGAAAAACAAAUUAGUGUUAAAAAUAAGAAUAAAAAUAAAUAAAAUUAAAGUGUUUUCACAAUUAAACGUUGAUUUUAACUUAAGAAAAUUAUUAAAAUAUUACAACAAAAAGAAAAACAAACAAGUGCCAAGUGUUUUUGCUUAAAAAUAGAGAAAAACUUGAAAAAAGUGUCAAAAAUUAACAUACAAAAAAAAUCUUAAAGAUUUUCUUAAAUUUUUUACUUAAAAAUUGCAAAUAUUAAAAAAAUCGAUAACUAAUAAAAAUUCAAAUCUUUCAAAACCCCCAAUGACAACUAUGCCUCCAGAAAUGUCCACCUCAGCUACAAAUCCCUCUGUAGCUUUACCCAACUCUAGAGUAACGAGCGAGUCUUUAUCCGCUUUACAAGUAUCGCGUUCCCGCUUUAUGAUAACGGAUAUUUUGGCUGCCCAUCAAUCAAAUCAUUCCCAACAGCCACAAACACAACUUAACCAGCAACAACAACAUGCCGCUUUACAACAUUACAUAGCUCAACAGCAGCAUUUGCUGCAACAAAGACAUCAACAACAUGCAGCAGUAGCUGCUGCCUCAGCUGCAGCUUCACCACCCGCCUCACCGCCCCAAAAUGCCAAUGCACAACAUCCACAACAUUUGCCCCCUCCACCGCCAGCUUCAACGGCAUCAGCCACUACACAUCCUCAUCUACCGCCUCAUCAUCCUUUGGCUCAUUUACCACCAACGGCCUUAAUGGGAUUUCCUUCCGCUCAUAAUGGUUUCAAUGCCGCUGCUGCAGCUCAUUAUGCUGCCCUGCAACGUGAUGAACGUGAACGUUUGCGUGAAAUGGAAAAUCAUCAUACGUAUCGUAAUCAUGUUGGACAAGAUCUUGAUCAUGAUGAUCGUUCGCGUUCACCGCCUCCCUCCAUGUAUUCGCGUGAUGCAAGAGAUUUAAAUGGCCAAGGAAUGGGAAGUGGUAAUGCCGUCGGCGGUGGUGGCGGCAGUAGUAUAAGUGGUGAUCAGGCCAGUACCGUAGAAGAUAGUGACAGUGAUUGUG